AUGCGACAUUUGCCCUCGCAGGUAUUAAUGGCCUUUGGCUGCAAGGGUCUCCUGGUGGCUGCUCUGGCCCUGUUCGAUAGCUUCGCUCCCUACGACUUCCCCGCCUGUGGUCCAUAUUUGUUGGUUCUAUUUCUUGUGAUGUUAAUCAUGGGCAGUGCCAUGAUCUUCUAUCGGACGCACUUGAUGUUCUGUUUAUACUGCAGUCUUGGCAUUUUGGUGUACUCGCUGUAUCUGUUGGUGGACAUACAGCAUUUUAUGGGGCACCAUAAGGUCCUACACCAGCUCGGCGAGCACAUUCUGAACUACAUCAUGAAGAAUGAGCAAGCCACAAUGGGAAACGUGGAUCCUAUCCUGAUCAUUGGAGUAGGAAUAGCCUUCUACUGA